AUGUUCCUCGUUCAGAACCUCGAUCAAAGCGCCUCCUCGGGAGUUGACAUGUUACCCAAGCCGUUAUGCAACAUGAUGGUGCCGAGAGCUUUCUUAUUCUCUUCCGCGCCUUUUCAAAGAGCUUCUGCACAGUAUGAGAAGCCUUCCAAGACACAAGCAGCCCGCCCGCGCCACGACAAGUCUCGCUCUCCACCGCUCCCCAGGGACGCCACACUUGCGCAACCCGUCACAGUAGCCCCCUCCGACAUACCUCAUACUAACCCAGUUGUGAUACCGCCACAGCAAAAUUCGAACCGGAAUGAUGCUCACUAUUCCAAUGCACGGCCUGCACAACUUGGUCGGAACCGUGCGGCUUCGACGCAGACGUCAUCGUCGCAGCCUUCAGAUACCAACCUGUCACCAUCGCUAGCUACGCUUCUACAGACAACUACUAUUCCUCGACGAGCUAGGAGUAUAAGGAGCCCUCGUCGGCUACCCCCAGGAAAUCAUGUAGAGGAUUUCAGUCGCCUCCUCAGGGAAGGCGUCAAGUCACGAGGUGAUGCUUCAAUCCUGGACGGCUCUGGGAGUUCACCCCUGGACUGUUUACUUAGCCCUCCAGAUGAUGAAUAUGACAAGUCCGAAUCUGUGAGCACUACGGAACUCCAGAGACCAGAUUCGAUCCGCUCUAUAUCCAGCGAUUCGAUGCCUUCUCUAGACCAUGAGUUGAACUCUUUGAUGACGUCGGGUCCGAUAACCCCUUCGUCAUCUGUUUAUCGAAGAAGUCGUGAGCGACGAAAACAGUUCUCGCCACCACAGGACUGCGCAUCUAACCACCCACUUCUCGAGUCUGACCUCGAUUCGCUUGACACGUGCUUUGAAUCUCUAGAAUCUUUAGAGCCUCCUAGCGUUCCCUCUCAUCAAAGCACCUCUCUGAGGACAUUCCCGCGAUUGGGCUCUACCUUCAAGUCCAACUUGACCGCCUCCUUGAGAGCCAUCAAGUCGGCUGCACAGACAGUUUCCAAUUUCGCGACACCUUCAGUACAGCCAGAUGAUUUCCUAACGCGGUCUCUAUUCUCUAUUGCUCCAGAACUGACUGAUGACCGGCGUCCGCUCCCCACAAAUGAGCCACCAUCCCCAGCACUACGUCGUUAUCUCAACCCAAUUACGCUGUCUCCUAGCGAGAUGUAUGUGUACAACGAGUUCCGACAGGACGUGAAGGGAAAUGUCAACAACACGCCGGCGUCGAUUCAAAUGCAAACGUAUCAUCGGUCUGGACCCUCUUCCAAACGCGGCCGGUUCAGCGCGGGCAGGGACAAUGAUCAGCAGGCAUUCACGUUUGACCCGGAAGUUCCCUCUUCUCGCCAGCGAGAACCAAGAGAGAACAGUGACUUUCUCCGCAUGGUCGUCCUGGAGAUGAACAUGCGUCGCAAGGGCAAAUUACGAGACGAUAUCCCUACACGCGCGAAGAUAUGGCUGCCCCCACGCAAAGCUAUCCAGUUUGUCUCUGAAGUCUACAGCUACGACGAGCCAGCUGUUCCUCAGCGAUGGAUGGGAAUAUCCAUCGAGCGCACCCAAGGGUGA